AUGGGGAUGACCGAGCUUGGAGAAGGACUCAUUUUUUGGAUCCCCUUUUUCUGGAACAGUGGAUUUUAUGAAGCCACGCGAUGCCACGGCGCAUUUGUGUUCUUGGUCAAGCGCCUCUGUUUACACCACCAUUCAAUCGAAACGACGACUGUAAUGCUGAACGAUGCUGUCUUAUCUACCGAGGUUCCUCUCCGACACGAACCUGGAGCGAAUCCUUCGAUCCAUACCGUGGUGUAUCGUCCUGAUCAGAUAAAACGCAAACACGGAAGUUUACUCUAA